GAAAGAGGACAAGAAUGAAAGAAUAAGCAGUUACAAAUCCCUCCACACGUUAGGUGUUGCCUUAUCUUUGUUUCCCUCCAAACAAUAUUUACCCCAAAAAUGCACAAAAUAAGUAGCUCCAACAUUCACCAAUAGUACAUUAUUUUUUAAUUAAUCAUCAUCAUAAUUAACAUGGCUAGCAAAUUAUUAUCAUCAUUCACAUUAACAUGCCCACGUCCAUCCAUAGUACCAUCUCCAACAUUCUCUUCCUUAUCUUCCACUUUUACAAGAAUCCAUCUUAUUCAAUUCAAUGCCGGCGGCGGCGGCGGCCGUUACUCUCGCCUUCGCCGCCGACUAUUUCUGUUUUCCACCAAGGCCACCUCUGAUCAACAAAGUCAAGAAGAUGGUGUUAUUGAUAGUAAAAUCUUACAAUAUUGCAGCAUAGACAAAAAAGAGAAGAAAUCAGUUGGUGAACUUGAGCAAGAUUUUCUUCAAGCACUUCAAGCAUUUUACUAUGAGGGAAAGGCUAUUAUGUCAAAUGAAGAAUUUGAUAAUCUCAAGGAAGAACUCAUGUGGGAAGGAAGCAGUGUUGUAAUGCUAAGUUCUGCUGAGCAAAAAUUUCUGGAAGCGUCUAUUGCUUAUGUGUCUGGAAAACCAAUCAUGAGUGAUAAAGAGUUUGAUCAAUUGAAAAUGAAGCUAAAGAUGGAAGGGAGUGAAAUUGUGGCUGAGGGUCCUCGGUGCAGUCUUCGUAGUAGAAAGGUUUACAGUGACUUGACUGUUGACUAUUUAAAGGCAUUGCUGCUGAACGUUCCAGCAACUGUGCUUGCAUUAGGAUUGUUCUUCUUCCUUGAUGAUAUCACUGGAUUUGAGGUCUCUUAUUUCAUUGAGAUUCCAGAACCUUUCAGUUUCAUUUUGACUUGGUUUGCUGCUGUUCCCUUCAUUCUGUGGUUUGCUCAAUCAAUUACAAAUGCAAUUAUAAAAGAUUUUUUGAUUUUGAAGGGCCCCUGUCCUAAUUGUGGUACUGAAAACACCUCAUUCUUUGGGACUAUAUUGUCAAUUUCAAGUGGCAAUUCCACCAACACUGUCAAAUGUGAAAAUGCCUUCACAUUGAUUGCUAGUGCAAUGGUGUUCACUUUCAUGGGAGAACCAACACUUGCUGUGGUGAUAUUUAGACCCAGUAAAUGGGCUCUUGCUCAUGCUACAUUUUAUGGAGACGAAACUGCUUCUGAAACCAUGGGAGGAGCAUGUGGAUACGGAAAUUUGUUUCAGAAUGGUUACGGGACAGAUACAGUAGCUUUAAGCUCGACAUUGUUCAACAAUGGUUAUGCGUGCGGGGCUUGUUUCCAGAUUAAAUGCUACCAAUCAAGUGCGUGCUACAGAAAUGUAGCCUUCACCACUGUCACUGCCACCAAUCUUUGUCCUCCUAAUUGGUCUAAGCCCUCUGAUAAUGGUGGAUGGUGUAACCCACCACGAGUGCAUUUUGACAUGGCCAAGCCUGCCUUCAUGAAAAUUGCACAGUGGAAAGCUGGUAUCGUCCCUGUUAUGUACCGCAGGGUGCCAUGCCAAAGGAAGGGAGGGGUUCGAUUCUCUUUCCAAGGAAACGGGUACUGGCUAUUGGUGUACGUGAUGAAUGUUGGAGGUGGAGGUGACAUUUCAAGCAUGAUGGUGAAAGGAAGCAGAACGGGAUGGAUUAAAAUGAGCCACAAUUGGGGUGCUUCCUACCAAGCAUUUGCAACACUUGGUGGUCAAGCUCUUUCUUUCAGAAUUACUUCAUACACCACCAAGGAGACUAUUAUUGCAUGGAAUGUUGUUCCUUCUAAUUGGAACGUGGGACUCACUUAUUCCGCUAGGACCAACUUCCACUGAAGAGUUCAUGGCAUGCGCAAGCACAACCUUUGAAACCGGUCGCUCCGUUUUAUACAAUAUAUAAACACAAACUUCAAACACUCUUUUUAUUGAAUUAGCCUUCUAGGUUUUAUUAGUAAAUAAGUGAUUGUAUCUGCUGCAGAUGAAACUUGCACAAGCUCAGCAGGUGCUUAUUGCUAGUGCAAAGAAACUGCCACCUUUUUGUUGGUUUGGCUGGCAAACUUGAAACGUUAGUCAACUUAUUCUUUCCACAAGGUUGACACUUUGUAAUUUUGCAUUGAAAAUUAUAGACAUUAGUGUCCUGAA